AAGCAGAGGGUUUACAACUAGCGUUUCACUGUAUUAGAGCGUAGCCGCGCAGUGGAAAUAGCGUCCCCUGCACAAUCAAUAACUAAAGUUAUAUACAUAGGGCAGCAUUAGAUAUUUGAUUCUGGUAUAAAAUCUUUGCUUCUUGAAAGCUACAAGGGUUUUGGCUUCACUAGUCUCCAACUCCCUCCCUGGUUCCUCUCCACCGCCUCACAGAUUGCUCCUUAAACUCUAAUGAGCCAACCGCCACAAUCUGGUGCUCUUGCAGCCAAUAAGCCAAAGAGGAGGUUCAAACCAAAAAGAGCUCCCCCAAAGAAGGAUGUUAAAACUGAUCCGGAGGAGGAGGAAGAGCAAGCUAGUAAUGAUGAAAAGGAGAGGGAGUUGCUCAAACGUUUUCAUGAACAAUCUUUAAGGGUAAGGCCGAAAAACGAAAAGAAGGAGCAGCCAGUGCAAGUUGCAUUUGGUCGUGAGGGUCAAUCAUCAACCACAUAUUGGGCUCCCAGGGGUCCUAAUGGUAGUGGCUUCAACCCGGUCAUUCAGGUGGAGAAAGAAUACAAGUCACCAUUUGAUAUCUACGGUCAUUACCCAAUAUCUCUUCCUCUGAGGCAGCCAACUUCUGAAGAUCCUGCAAUCCUUAACCAACAAGAAUUUGGGGAUGGUUUAGAGGAAUCAACUUAUGAUGAAAAUGCAACACCAGCGGCAGAUGAACUAGAUCUAAAGGAGGAAAAUAGAGCAACAAGUAUGUUCUUUCUUCAUUUACCUCCAACCUUGCCUAUUUCAAAGCAACCAGCAGGCCAACAGGUAAACAAUAACUCAGGGGCACCAGGAGGUGCACGUAAUACAGAGAAACCUUGUUCCUUGAGUGAGUUACCAGCUGGCUUCAUGGGUAAGAUGCUGGUGUACAGAAGUGGUGCUAUCAAGCUGAAGCUAGGAGACACCCUCUAUGAUGUCUCUACAGGUAUGAACUGUGAUUUUGCCCAGGAUGUUGUGGCUAUCAAUACCACAGAGAAGACGUGUUGCACAAUUGGAGAGCUCAACAAGCGAGCUGUUGUGACCCCAGAUAUUGACUCAGUUUUGAACAGUUUAGAGGAUUUAUAAUAGUACUGCUCAUUUGCAUUACAGUUUUGGUCUCCGGUAAUGCAAUAUUCUUUUGAGGAAAUUUCGCAUUGA